GUGUUCUGAAACAUUCAACUGUGGUUGUGUAUGGGCUACAAACAAAAUUCCAGUCCCUCAGGAUAUUAAAUAUAUAUUGCAAACCAGAGAGAAAAGAUCAAGAAGUUGAAACCAGUUCUUGGUGUUCUAGAUGUUCCUGAUGAACCCAGUUGGGGUUGAGAGAGAUGUAAGAUAUGGCAGAAGAGAAUUCAGGGUCUCCUGAAGAUCGAAUAUAUGAUAGGGGAAGCACGAUGACAACAGAAAUCGUCGAGAUAGAAGAUAACAGUAAGAGUGCUACAAGCAGCAGAGAUGGAGGAGAGACUAAAGAUGUAUAUGUUGCUGUUGGCAAAGAAGACUUGGAUGUUUUGAAAUGGGCACUUGAUCAUGCUGUAGCACCAGGAAAGCGCGUAUUCCUUGUUCAUGUUUUCCCUCCAAUUCAUUAUAUCACCACACCUGUUGGGAGGCUAACAACGAGCCAACUUAGUCAAGAACAACUGAGGCCUUAUAUCCAGGAACAGAAUGCCCGGAGGAGAAAUCUCUUGCAGAAAUAUAUUAGCCUGUGCAGCCAAGUAGAGGUGGUUGUAGAUACAAUACUUAUUGAGAGUGAAUUCACAACCAAGGCAAUCCUGGAACUUAUUCCAGUUCUCAAUAUUACCUCCCUUGUUAUGGGAACAAAAAGGCUGCCCUCCUCAAGGAGGUUGAGGAGGGGAUUGGGGAAAGGAGAAAUUGUCCUGAAGAAUGCUCCAAACUUCUGUGACGUUGUCAUCGUUUGGGAGGGAAAAAAGGUUGUAGAUAGGAAACAGAUGAUCGGACUAAAUCCUUCUUCGCCGGCAUCAUCUAGUCAGAGACCAGAAACCGCAAAAAAUGCAGAACGGAACUUCUUUGAAUGCGGGUGCUUUUCAGGGAAAUCCAAUUGAGUUCUUUGUUACCUGGAUUUACUGCUGUGUGAGCUUCCAGGGAAAUUCAAAUUGGGUUUCAUGUUACCUACAUUUACUGAAAACACAUCCAGAAAAUGCAAGGCUUUCUCUCCCUGUGCUAUGAAACAUACGACUAUGGUAGUGAAUGGGCUACAAAAAUUCUCUCAGGAUAACAGAAACACUUAUUAGGACUUAUGGUUAGUGGAAUAUCUUUUGCAAACCAAACCAACCGGUUCUUGGUGUUCUUGAUGAACAUACUUGAGUUACUGUAACCACCAAACUUUCUUUUAAAUAGGAAAGUUGAUUAAUUGCUGGUUGUUAGGUGCUGAAAUCUGAAUUAUCCAACACAGUCAUGGAGCACACCUUGCAGACAAUGAAGACUUAAUAAUAAUUGAUAAAAUUCAGUGUCUCUUUGUCAAUGUCCUCUCAAAUAAAAUGUAUGAGUUUGU